UUCAGUUUAGAGUAACGCUGCGAAGGACGAGAAUACACCCUCCUGCACUGAGCCUCUGUAAAAAUACAAAAGAAGAGUUAAUCAACAAGAUAAACAUGAGGUUUGUCUUUGCUCUAGGAGUUCUGCUGGCUGUCUACUGUGUAGUGGACUCCAAACGCAUUCCACCUAAGAUUCAGGUGUACAGCCGUGAUCCAGGAGAGUAUGGGGUUUCAAACACCGUAAUCUGCCAUGUGAGCAAUGCCUACCCUCCUGACAUCAAAAUCGAGAUUUUCAAUAAUGGCGAAGAGAUCCCAAAUGCCAAGCAGACCGACCUGGCCUUCACACAGGGCUGGAACUUCUUUUUGACCAAGAGCGCAACCUUUACUCCCCAGAAAGAUGACAAGACUGUCUGCAGGGUGACUCACGGGGACAAAAUUAGUAACUUUGCCUGGGAGCCAAACAUGUAACUGUGAGCAGAGGUGGUGCCAAAUGUUUGGCUGCAGCCGUCUUCAUUCUUCACGUCUUCAAUCAUCAUUACCUUUCCUACCAAGUUUCUCACGUUUUUUCAAAAAAAAAAAACAUCCAUAUCAAUUUUAGGGGAUUGUAAAUGUUCACUUACUCUUUUGCAGUUUUUCUUAGUUGCUUUGGUACAUUUCUCAAAAUUUCCUUGAUAUUUGCAAAAACAUAAGAGCAUCUCUUGAAACAGUUUGUACAAACACCACAAUCAGCACCACACAAUGGAUUACCUGCAGAAGGGUGUCACUAAGUAUUCUCUAAUGUCAACUAUGGCUCAGGUUUUGAUGACAGUGAUUGAAAAUGCACAGGGAUGCACACUUUUACUGUUCAUUGCAAUAUAAAAAAAGUGAUUUACAGGACUGCACAGCACAAAGGAAAAAACACAGAAAAAAGAAUGGUUGUUCUCACAACAUUUGGCAGAUGUAAGGAUUGUGUAGAGGUUGAACAAAUAGAUUGGAUAAUUUAAUUUCGGAUCUGAAAAAUGUACUACAGCAACCAAAAAAAAAAAAAAACUGUAA